AUGGAAUUUGUAGAAUGGGGCGGUUUGGACACGCUCAUCGUAGCUGCCGGUGUAUCAGCUCUACAGCCCUUGUUGGCUAUCGCGGGAGCUGACGUCCGAGGCAGCGAGCUCACCUCGACGCACACGACGACAGAGGGCAUCCAGAGGACGCGGUCUGUCGCUCUCGCAGCGCUCAACGGGAACUACAUCGGACCCCUGGUCGCAGCGGUAACCUUUAUCCCCCUUUUGUCAGCAACCUCCAAAUCCCCGGCGGUCCUCCUCGUGUCCUCGCUUGCCUCCGUUAUCCCCGCACCCACACGGGCGCUCUACGCGUCGACCAAGUCUGCAUCGCUCGUUCUGUAUCAGGCGCUCGCGAUCGAGCACCCGCAGGUCACGUUCUCGCAUGUGAUGCCUUCCACCGUUGAGGGCGAUUUUAGGGCGUCUGCUGUGGAUGCUGGACCUGUGCGGGAGAAGGAUCCCAAUAAGCAUGGUCUGAAGAGGGAAGAUGUGGCGAGGAGGUGUUUGGAGGCUGUGGAUCGGAGGGAGAAAACGGUGUUUAUGCCGGCCUCGAUGAGGGUUGCACACCUUUUGUAUUGGGUGGCUCCGAAGUUGGUUGAGAGGUUGGCGAGUAGGAAGUAUAACUUCUCGCCGUAG